AAGUCAUCCGAUUCACGUACCGGUUAAAGCUUGUUCUCGAAUACGGCGAAAGGGGAGAAGGCUCUCAAAAUGUCUUCUGUUCGAUUUACCGUGACAAAAACUGAUGAAAAUGCAGACCAUGACGCAAAUGAUGACUCCCACACGAUUCCUAAGAUCCAAAUCGUAGACUCUGAGGGGAAAUCAACAACAAAAUACAAGCAUGUUGCGGAUAGCAUUGCUAAUUGGUUCAAGCUACAUGGCGAUGGAGGAGAAAGGUCGGAUAACGUGGCCAUUCUGGAAUCGGGAACUCAGGAGAGGAACUUGGCUCUGUAUGAGGAUGAGAUGGAACACAGACCUAAAGUGUCAUCCCUUAUCAGUUCCCUGGCCAACUACAAGACUUUACCAGAAUACACGGAGGAACCAGAUGAAAAGAGAAAGACAGCUAUAAAGAGCGCACCCAAGAUGGGCACCCUGAUGGGCGUGUACCUGCCUUGUCUUCAAAACAUCCUUGGAGUUAUCCUUUUCAUCCGUCUUGCCUGGCAGGUCGGCACAGCUGGUGGUCUGGAGUGCUUCUUCAUAGUUCUUGUAUCCUGUCUUACGACAAUGCUUACUGCAAUCUCCAUGAGUGCCAUUGCGACCAAUGGGGUAGUACCUGCAGGUGGGGCCUAUUUCAUGAUCUCAAGAGCUUUAGGACCAGAGUUUGGUGGUGCAGUGGGGGUGCUAUUCUAUCUAGGAACUACAUUUGCCUCUGCCAUGUACAUCCUUGGAGCGAUAGAAAUCUUACUGAUCUACAUUGCCCCUCAGAUGUCAUUGUUUGGUGAUAUAUCGUCGGAAGGAGGUGGUGCUACUCCUGCGUUGCUGAACAACAUGAGGGUUUACGGGACUAUCAUCCUCAUCAUCCUAUCUCUUCUUGUCUUUGUUGGGGUGAAGUACGUCAACAAAUGUGCUUUGCUCUUCCUUGGAUGUGUCAUCGUCACCAUCAUCUGUAUCUAUAUCGGCUUCUUCACUCCUCAUCAUCUUACGUACUGUGCACUCAAUAGCAAUAUAGCUAUGCAGCGAGACAUCAGCAUGGAGAGCAAUUGCAGUUGGUAUAGUCAAGAUGAAAACGACACACGUAUUCUAACACCGUUGGGUGAAUCACUGUGCGCUUCCUAUGCUAAUGGUACAGACUGUGCCAGCGUAGAGUCGGAUUUAGUUCUGAAAUGGGAAAAGGCUAUACCGGGAAUCACAUCAGAUGCAUUCAGAGUAAAUGCAUGGAAUCUGUAUCGUGAAGCCGGUGAGGUGUUACCAGGUGAACAAGGCAAGGCAAAUCAGAUUGUUGCUGACAUCACAACAUCAUUCACCGUCCUCUUAGCCAUCUUCUUCCCCUCAGUUACGGGUAUUAUGGCAGGUAGUAACCGAUCGGGUGACCUCAAGGAUGCACAAUAUUCAAUACCCAGAGGAACCAUUGGAGCAAUCCUUACGACCAGCUUGAUCUAUCUUUCAUCUGUUUUGUUCUUCUCUGGAACUGUUGCUGGUCCUGUCUUGCGUGACAAGUACGGUCAAGCCAUAGGUGGAGGUCUGAUAGCUGCCGAGGUAUGCUUCCCGACAGUGUGGGUGGUGCUUAUUGGUGCCUUCCUAUCUACUGUUGGGGCGGGGCUCCAAUCCUUGACUGGUGCACCACGUCUCCUCCAGGCCAUUGCGAAGGACAACAUCAUCCCUUUCCUGUCUCCGUUUGGGAGGGGGUCCGCAACGGGAGAACCUACAUGGGCCCUGCUGCUGACGGCCCUCAUCUCAGAGAUUGGUAUCCUGAUCGCAAGUCUGGAUCUGGUUGCUCCAAUCAUCACCAUGUUCUUCCUCAUGUGCUACGCCUUUGUCAACCUGGCCUGUGCCCUUCAGACCCUCCUGAAGACCCCUAACUGGAGACCCCGAUUCCGCUUCUACCACUGGAUCCUGUCUUUCUUUGGUCUAUCCCUCUGCAUCGCGCUCAUGUUCAUCUCCAGCUGGUACUAUGCCCUUUGUGCCAUCGCAGUGGCUGCUUUCAUCUACAAGUACAUCGAGUAUCAAGGAGCCGAGAAAGAAUGGGGAGACGGGUUGCGUGGUCUUUCCCUUACCGCUGCUCGCUACAGUCUAUUUAAGCUUGAGGAAGGUCCCCCUCACACCAAAAAUUGGCGUCCUCAGAUUUUGGUUCUAUGCAAGCUGAACAAUGACCUUGUUCCUAAACAUCGCAGACUUCUCACCUUCGCCAGUCAACUUAAAGCAGGCAAGGGUUUAACACUAGUUGGUUCUGUUUUGGAAGGAGAUUUCCGCACCAAGUAUGGCGAAUCCCAAGCGGCCCAACAGAUUGGGUACGGAGAAGCACAAGCCGCCAGGGAGGAACUGAAGAAGAUGAUGGAUGAAGAGAAAAUGAAAGGUUUCUGUACUGUUUUGGUUACUGACAAUGCGACUGAAGGACUUUCUGCAUGUGUUCAGAUGUGUGGUUUAGGUGGUCUGAAGCAUAACACAGUUGUGAUGGGAUGGCCGUAUGGAUGGAGACAUAACACAGAUGAGAGAUCUUGGAAGGUGUUCUUAGAUACUGUUCGAGUUGUGUCUGCCAGUCACAAUGCCCUAUUAGUGGUGAAGAAUUGUCGGUUGUUCCCGGCCAACAAUGAGAAACUUGAUGCAGGAUGCAUCGAUGUCUGGUGGAUUGUCCAUGAUGGUGGUAUGCUUAUGUUGCUCCCUUUCCUUCUCCGCCAACACAAAGUUUGGAAGAACUGCCGCAUGAGGGUGUUCACAGUAGCACAAUUGGAAGAUAAUAGCGUACAAAUCAAGAAAGAUCUUACGACUUUCUUGUAUCAUCUUAGAAUCGAGGCUGAGAUUGAAGUAGUUGAAUUGCACGACUGCGAUAUUUCAGCCUACACGUAUGAACGCACACUCAGGAUGGAACAGAGGAAUGAGAUGCUUAAACAGAUGAAACUGUCCAAGAAGGAGAGUAGAAUGGAGGCCCAAGCCAUCUUUGACCACCACCACUCCACAACGAGUGGCUACUCCUCUCCCAAACGCAAGAGAUCUAGUGAUAAGACAGUGUCCUUCGACCUUAACACCACGGAAUCCCCCUUCGAUAUCGCUAUAGUAACGGAAGAAGGUGAAGAGGAAGAAAAUGAGCAUGACGCCGUUGACACCCCUCUGGUUAAACUUGACGACACGCCCACCGAUGAAUCCCCUUCCCACCCCAAAUCUAAUGGGGCCAACGGGUCGGCAGCAACGGAGAAGAAGAAACAUGAGUUCAAGAACAUGCACCUGCAACCGUCACUAGGAAAUGUGAGGCGCAUGCACACAGCUGUUCGUCUGAAUGAGAAGAUUGUUGAGAAAUCCCACGAUGCCCACCUUGUCAUUCUAAAUCUUCCAGGUCCUCCAAAGCACGCCUAUGCAGAACAGAAUUAUAUGGAAUACCUUGAGGUAUUAACAGAAGGUUUGGAUCGAGUGCUCAUGGUCAGAGGUGGUGGACGAGAGGUCAUCACUAUCUACUCUUGAUCACUUCAAGGUCAUCUAAGGUCAGAGGUCGUACAUACCAAAGGUCGCGAUCCAUCCGAUUCUUUACAUAUGCCAAAGAUACCUACAUGGUGUGUCUUAAUGUGCUUAGUGUCACUGGCUUUUUACAUUUGAAUCAUCAUUCAGAGUUAAUAUACUAGUGUCCUAUUUAUUACCAUCUUUUCUUUUGUUAAAGCAUGUCUCUUUUUGCUAUAAUAAAAUGUUUCCCCUUGAAAAUUUAAUGUCUCACCAUAAACUGUGCCACUGAUACUUAAAUUAAUACUUUAAUUAAUGUAGGGGAAAUAGUUUACAGUUUUGUGGUAUGCAACAAAUUUAUCUAGAUUUUAUAAACCAUUGUAUACUUUUAUCUUUAAAAGAUGAUAAAUAUAUAUGAAAACCACCUUAAUUUUUUUCAUAAAUUAUGUUAUUAAGAUAUUUACAGAAAUUGUUUGUAUUAAACAUUUAAAGAAAUAUAUUGCAACAAGUAUUUAAAACAAGGGGGACGGUUGUGUGAGUUUUUAUCAUUUUAAAAUAUAGAAUUGUAUUGAAUAAUCAAUUAAUAAGUGAGGUCCAAAUAAGAGAUUAUUUGAGUAACAAAGAUGUUUGAUUAUACUUGAGGAUGAAAUAUUCCUGUGUAUUUCAUGAAGUGUGUGUUGCAGUUGGAUUUUUUGUCACGUUUGGUGGACAUUAUUUUUGGAUUGAAAUCUUUCCUGUUUUGUGGUGCUUCUUAUAGCAGUCCGUUCUUGCAUUGGUCUUGAUUCUUGUAAAAUCGCCUUGUGUGCAUGGCAAAAUGGUCUUAAUUCCAGAUUAUUCCAUAUUCCAAUUAAAAGUCCUGUGAAAACUCGAGGCUCGAGGGUAAGAAAUAUUUUCCUGGGUCCUGUAACACAAAGGUGAGCGAUUAAUUGUAUGCUUCAUUUCUCACGAUUAAUUGUAAAUUGUAUUCAGUACAUUCAAUCGUUAAAAAAAAUAAGAUUGCCAAGCUUUGUCUUAUGGUCCCCUGCACAAGCCACAGCAGCUGCAGAACACAAAGUAAACUAAAUAUAAUCAUGUGAAGAGGAUAUAUUGAAGUUGUUUGUAAGUAUGCAUGACUGGUGACUGGUUUAUAAGUGGUAAAUCUCCAUGAUUUUUAUUCUCUUGAGCUAUACUAGCAGUUAAAAUCCAAUCUUCGUUAGAUGAAAACUCAUCUGAGCAACUGCAUGUUUUUUAUAAACUAUGAAAAUGAAGUAGAGAUAUGGAUUAUGAUUAUCAGGUAAAGCAAUUCUAUCAGAAUUUCAUUGAUUUCAAAGCACCUGUUUCCUCAAGAUCAUUCUGUGAACCAUAGACUUUAUAUUGACCUGUACAUAGUCUCUCAAGGAGAUGCCAGUCUUGGGUCCAUAUUUCAUCUACCAUCCUAGUCCUAAUUUGUCUACUAGUCUGUGGAAUAGACUUUAUCCCUGGUUUCACCAUCAGAAUUUAAAGCUCUUUUGCCAAGCACAGAAUGUUUCGAAUCAAGUCUUAUUUUAUAAAAUAGUUGGAAGUUUAUUUACGUCAGUGAUUUCCUCAGCUUACAUUCAUACUUACUGAAAUUGAUUGUGAUAUGCAAUGCUGUUUUUUGAUUGACUUAUAAAGCUCUGUAUAUAAUUCAGUCUUUUAUAUUGAAGAAAAAAAAAUUUAGCUGAGAGAUAUAUUUUGGCCUGUUGAUAUAGUACUUGAAGUAAAUUGUUUUAGAAUUGUCUUUUUAUGAAACGUUCUCGUGUUUUGAUGCAAGGGAUAUUGUGUUUGUUCAAUUUUGCAAUUGAUAUGAUAAAAUUCUUUUGACCAAUAUCUAAUAGAUCGAUAUACUGAUUUGUAUGAGCAUUUAUAUAUGACAUCAAUUUCACUCAAAUUUAUGCAGAGCUACAAUAACCUGCAAAAAAAUAUUUUUCUUUCGGUAAAAACUGAAUUAUUGUUGAAGGUUGUAUAUGAAAUCAUUUACAUAGUGAAUGCCACCUUUAUAUUAGACAUCAUUUUUUAAGAUGAAAUAAAUUUUUCAUGAGGGAGGUUGCUACAAAGCAAAAUAAACUUCAUGAUCGGUAAAUCAUAUUCUGCAACUUUCAUCCGACCUGGGAAGGUUGAUAUUAUUUAUGAGUAAGUAAUGCACAUAUUUUAUUGUCUUUCUCAUUGAUGAGCAGAAUCUGACCAAUGUAGUGACGUGUGACAUGUGUAUAAUGCACCAACUUUUAUUUUAAGGAUGUUCCACAGUUAUGAUGUAAUGUCAUUUUCACCAAAUUUUGCAUGGUCGUAUAGAAAGGUAUACUAAAGAGGUGUGAACAUCAAAAAUUGGGGGUUCAUGUGCUUGUUUUCAAACUAUCACCACUUUGUUGGAGCAAAUGUGCUUUAAAAAAAAAAACGCGUCAGAAGGCUUGUAUCUACAUAAAGGAAAUUUCUAUACCACUACCCCAUUUAACAACUCAAGGUUAUAUUCGUCAUACUUCGCAGUCACUGCAGAGUAAAGUACUCUGAAGAGAUAGAGGCGUUUAAAAAUUUCGUCCAUAGAUUAUUUUCAGCUAUUUAGCUUCGCAAAAUAACACAUCAAGAUUGGCUGAACAUUAGAGUGCCGAUGACUGGAAAAAAUCAGCUGAUACCUGUAGCUGACUACUCACCUGUUCACUUAUUGUGACGUCAAUUUAAAAUAUGCGCAGAUAGGGAUCAUGUACAAAAACAUAACUUGGAAAGUCCUUUAGUCACACUUUAUCUUUGUGAAUACCCCCUGUACAUUUAUAUGUUGUGAUAGCAUGCACUAGUUAAGUGGUCAAGGUAUUUUCAUUCGCCUGAAUGGACUCUUAUUCUCAACUUAGUUUGAAAGUUUAUAGCUCAGUAUUAUACAUGUUUAUAGGUACAGUAUCAAUAUCGGACAUGUACAUAUCUGUAUUGUUGGGAUUUUUUAGUGAGAUAGAAGCUUUUACUUUAUAUUAUGUUCUGUAUUUUUAAGUUAUUGUGUUGAAAAAAGUUGGAAAUUUUCAUAGACUAAUUUAUUUACAUAGUAUAGAUUUGUUUUAUAUUAUUUAGAAUUUUGUGAACAAGGAUUUUAAAAAAAAUAGUAUUUAUUAUUCAAAACAAUAUUAAUCAUUUAAUGAAGUUCUUCCUGAGGGAAUGAUAUAUGCAAUUCUAAUAGAAAUCCUUGAUUUACAUUUUGGUACUAGAUUUUUGCACAAUUGAAACCUAAUGUAUGAGAUUGAAGGUCAGUAAUGGAUUAUAUAUCAUGCUAACGUCCUUUGACAUUGAGAAGAUUUCUCACAUAUUUUGUUUUUCAUAUUGUCUUCAAAUGUCUUCAAAAUUCAUGUUCUUGGCAGCUUUUUUUCUCCUUGACACCUGCCUUUUGCAAGUUUUGUCUUUAUGCAUGUAUGAUCUUAUGUUGCCCUUUUCUGUGUUGUAACAACUCACUCUUUGCCUACCAAUUCAUGUAUACAUGUGCUUUGAUGUUAUUUCUAUUGCAUUGAUAUGACCUAUUCAGUGCUAGAAUGCCAUAUGUAGCUAGAAGGUGAUUGUGUUAAUCCUUCCCAGACUUGGGUUCUGAUUGGGGGGCACAUGCUCUCCUAUUCAAAAUUAAGCUUGAUUUUCCAUGUACAUCAAUUUAUUUGAUAGAUAUUUAUGAUUGGAUCCCUUUUUUUUUAAUCUUGGACCAUUUUUUUUUAACGUUUAGAAUCCCUUUUUUAUGGUAUUUAAGUGUCAAAUUUAAGAGUGACCAUGCCCCUCCCUCCCUCAAAGUGACCAAUGGAAAUUAAGGUAUUUCUUAGAAGCUUUAGGAUAAACUUUUUGUUUACUUUUUAUGCCACCUCCCUCCCCCCCCCCCCCCCCCCACUUUGUCAAGAUAAUACACAUUUCAUUCAGAGGGAGUUGUGUGUCAUUUUUAUCCCCUGCUUGAAACAUGUUAGAGUAGAAUUCUAGCUGCCUGCACAUGUCUACAAUUUUAGGACUGCAGCAAAUAUAUUUCAGUCUACAUGUAUUCAAAUUUUGCCUUCCCCACAUCCCUAGUUUUGUCUUUCAAUAAAAAAGAAUCAAUUGCAUUCAUUCUUCAAAAUAAUGUGCAAAACAAGAGAUCUGCCAAGGUAGAUCAGAAGCUUAAGUUAGAUUCAUCCAGGUAAUUGGAGUUACUGUAGAGUUUUUAAUCUUGUUUUUUGCUCUGUACUUAAGUCCUGUUUUAUCAUUAUGUAAGGGGAUUCUGUAAAGCCAAGUAACCUCAAGUGGCAAGGUUUGAAAUACGCAAUUCAAUAAUGACAUUUUAACCAACUUCAUCAAACCAUUUCUUCCACAGAGUGCAUUGUUGUAAUGACAUAAACCAAUUUGACUGGAUUUUAGUUGUAGGUUAACAGUUUCAUGUAUUUGUAGUUGCGAGACUUGAAACCUUUAUGGAAAUAUAAUGCAAGUAUUAAUAUUGAAGCUCUUUGACUCUUAACUUCUAAACACAAAAUGUGAGGGGAAAAAAAUCAAUUUUGCUGUCAAAAAGCCCAAAAGCUGUAGCAUUCAAAGCUCAGAGCUAAUUUAUUAGAUUUUGUUGUACUAUACUUGUUUGCCAGUAGUCUGCUGAAAAAAAAUCAAAUUAAAAGAUAACAAAUGUUAUGAUACGGGACCUUGGAGAGGCUGACUAGAUUAAUUGAGAGUUGAAUCAAAUAACCUUUUGUAAAUAUUCAUCUGCAAUUUUAAGAAAUUAUUUAAAAAGCCAAUGAAUUUCUGCAAGGAUUUGUAUUUUGUAUUGUUGUGUUCUAUUUUUAUACAAACCUGCUUUUAGCUGAAUGUUUGUACGUGGGACGGUUGCAGUGCCCUGGUCUAUGUUGUCAUUUGAAUUGAAACAGUAACAUGUACAUGUAGAAAUAAGAUAAAAGUGAACUUGUCUUGUCCAGUAACACUUCAUCCAUUGACAUUAAAUCCAAAGUGAGUGAAAUGCUUGAUACUAAAGGAAAUAUUUGCUCAUACCAAGAAAUUUCUGAACUAUUAUUGGGAAAGGGAAGGGGGAGUAAUUACUUUUCCAGCAUUAUUAUUUUUAUUUUUUUAAUCGAAAUCAUUUAUGGUUUUAUCAUCUGUCUUACAAACUUGAUUUUGUUCUGCUGUUAAGCAAGCGUGAUCAAUGAGUGGUUUGUAUUGCUGUGUACUUCACCAUUUGAUUGAACAACUUUGAACCCUCUAUUCAACUCUCCGCACAGAAUGAUUUUCUAUUUCCUUUGCUGUGGCAACUCCCUUCAAUUAGUUUGGACUAAUUGUAUAGAGGAAGCAUUGCAGCAAUUCCUCAAAAGUAGGCAGCAGUGCUUGCCUUCCUUACAUUAUGAGACGCAAUUUCUCUGAUGUGCGGCUUGUAGGAUUUACGUUCCUUUAUCACAUUUAUCACAUGACAUGUUUACAAUGUGGUGCUGAUAAAAUGACAACAUCCUAAAUUACAGGUGCGUAACUACACUAUUACAGGCCCAUAUACACGUUAGCCCAUUGCCUACUGGAGCCUGUUGGUUCCUGUACAUAGCCUAUGAGAUGAACUGGUUAAAGGUGCACGCAGUACGCUUCUCAUUGAUACGAUGACAUGGCAAUCAUUGGACCUUUGCUCAUGGGAAUGUAUCUUUGAUUUUAGAGGUGCGCUCACAUUGUAUGAGUGAAGGAUUUCAUAUAUGGGGGGUGUUUCACAAAGAUUUAAGUAUGACUUAUAGUUGCACUUAAAUGCCGACGCAUAGAUGAUAUGCAAUACGCAGUAGUGCACGUCCUCUUGGAAUGAUCUGACCAAUGCGGGCAUGCCUUUUAUACCGUAUGCAACUGUGCAUUUUAGUGCGACUCUAAUUCAUACUUACAUCAUUGUGAAACACCCCCCCCCCCCCUGGAGACUUGGCCAUCCUCAGAUAAACAAGCUAGUUCAUUUUACAUCCCAUAUCCAUAUCAAAAUGUACCUCUACAGAUAAGUUUCUGUCAAUUGCAUCUUGAUAGGAAUACAUUGUGAAAUUGGUAUGCAUAUUUUGUUUCGGAAUAUAAUUUCUUUCACAGAUGGAUUUACUAAGUGUUCUAAUUGUGUUGAUUUUCAAAUGAUGUGACAGCCGUGUUGAAAAUAAAAUUUGUAAUUUAUUCUGUUUAGUACAGCA